GGGAGCCGGGGGAGGGGAGAGCGAGGGAGGGCGGCGAGGCAGAGGAGGGCAGCGGCCGCCGCUUUAAAGCCUCCCGGCGCCGCACCCGCGCUGCCCCCGGCCGAGCGCCGAGCUGGGAGCGGGGCUGAGCCGGCCCCGACCCCUACCCCGGCCCCGGAGCCCCCCCGACCGGGGGCACCCCGCGGCCAUGCGAGGCGGCCGCCCCCGGCGCCCCGCGGCUCGGCGCUGCUGCCCGCCGCGGCUGCCCGCCGCGCUGCGCUGAGCCCCGGCGCCCCGCGGCACCAUGUCCCGCCGCAAGAUCUCCUCCGAGUCCUUCAGCUCGCUGGGCUCCGACUGCCCGGAGACCAGCCCCGAGGAGGAGGGCGAGUGUCCCCUGUCCCGCCUCUGCUGGAACGGCAGCCGCAGCCCCCCCGGCCCCUCCGAUCCGUCCCUGGCAGCCGCAUCCAUCUCCAUCACCGCCGCCGGCUCCGCCGUCUCCGCGGCCAGCGCCGGUGCUCGCCGCGCUCCUCGCCGCCGCCGGGUCAACCUGGACUCGCUGGGCGAGAGCAUCCGCCGGCUGACCGCCCCCGCGCCUCAGACUAUUCGGCAAACUCUUCAAAGGACACUGCAGUAUUUUGAGCAUCAAGUUAUUGGUUACAGGGAUGCAGAGAAGAAUUUUCACAAUAUAUCAAACAGAUGCUCCUAUACAGAUUGCUCUGGCAAUGAAGAAGCUGAAGAUGUCUCAGGAAUUCUUCAGUGUACAGCUAAUGUACUUGGUUUGAAGCUUGAGGAAAUGCAAGAAAAAUUUGGGGAAGAAUUCUUCAACGUCUGCUUUGACGAGAAUGAAAGAGUUCUUCGAGCAGUAGGUGGGACCCUUCAAGACUUCUUCAAUGGCUUUGAUGCUUUGCUGGAGCACAUUAGAACUUCAUUUGGAAGACAGGCCACCCUGGAAUCCCCUUCUUUCCUAUGCAAAGAGCUCCCCGAUGGCAAUCUCAUGCUUCAUUACUUUCACCCACAUCAAAUUGUGGGAUUUGCAAUGAUGGGAAUGAUAAAGGCAGCAGCAAAGAAGAUUUACCGCUUGGAAGUGGAAGUAGAACAGGUCGCUAAUGAUAAGCUGUGUUCAGAGGGGACGAACCCAGGUAAUUGCAGCUGUUUGACUUUCCUUAUCAAAGAACAUGAAAAUGCAAAUAUCACAAAAACACUUCCACCAGGAACUUCCCAGUCCCCCUUAGACCUGAGGAUUAGUAUCAGCACCUUCUGCAGAGCAUUCCCCUUUCACCUGAUGUUUGAUCCAAACAUGCUUGUUCUUCAGCUUGGAGAAGGUCUAAGGAAGCAGCUCAGAUGUGACACUCAUAAAACUCUGAAAUUCCAGGACUGCUUUGACAUAGUUUCUCCUAAGAUCAGUGCCACAUUUGAACGAGUCCUCCUGAGAUUAUCUACUCCCUUUGUCAUUCGAACCAAACUUGAGGAUUCUGGCUCUGAAAGUAAAGACAAGGUGAUGGAAAUUAAAGGACAAAUGAUUCAUGUGCCAGAAUCAAAUUCAAUUUUGUUUCUGGGAUCCCCCUGUGUGGACAAGCUGGAUGAACUGAUGGGCCGAGGCCUCCACCUUUCAGACAUUCCUAUCCAUGAUGCUACUCGCGAUGUCAUACUGGUUGGGGAGCAAGCGAAGGCCCAAGAUGGCUUGAAAAAACGAAUGGAUAAGCUGAAGGCAACACUAGAAUGCACACACAAAGCCCUGGAAGAGGAGAAAAAGAAAACAGUAGAUCUCCUUAUAUCUAUUUUCCCUGAAGAAGUGGCUCAGCAAUUGUGGCAGGGGCAGCAGGUUCAGGCCAGGAAAUUUGAUGAUGUCACCAUGCUCUUUUCAGACAUUGUUGGCUUCACUGCCAUCUGCGCACAGUGCACACCCAUGCAGGUCAUCAGCAUGCUGAAUGAACUCUACACACGGUUUGACCAUCAGUGUGGAUUCCUGGACAUCUACAAGGUGGAAACAAUAGGUGAUGCGUACUGCGUUGCGGCAGGGCUCCAUAAGAAAAGCCUUAGUCAUGCUAAAGCCAUUGCCCUGAUGGCACUGAAGAUGAUGGAGCUUUCAGAAGAGGUCCUCACUCCAGAUGGGAGUCCUAUUAAGAUGAGGAUAGGCAUUCACUCAGGAUCAGUGCUGGCCGGCGUUGUUGGUGUAAGAAUGCCACGUUAUUGUCUCUUUGGAAACAAUGUCACCCUUGCAAGCAAGUUCGAGUCAGGAAGUCACCCACGCCGCAUCAAUGUCAGUCCAACCACGUACCAGCUUUUGAAAAAGGAAGAAAAUUUUAUUUUUAUCCCUCGUUCCCGUGAAGAGCUUCCAGAAAACUUUCCAAAGGAAAUUCCUGGGAUCUGUUACUUCCUCGAGGUCAGAAGUGGUCAGAAACAGCCAAAAUCCUCCAUCACAUCUGCCAGAGUGAGAAAAGUUUCUUACAACAUUGGCACCAUGUUCCUCCGGGAGACUAGCCUAUGAGGCCUGCUGCAGAUCAAAGACUCAUCAAAAAAGCACAAGCCCAGAACUGGGUCAUGACAGGGGAGUUGGAGGUUCUUCUAUUUCACUGCCUUGUCCUGAACAAGCAGUAAAAGCUUCAUGUAAUGUCAGGCAAUAAUCAUUUUAAAAGGUGGGUGACUGCUGUCAGUAAACAAAGUGGAGACAGGGAAAAAAAACAAAAACAAAAAAAAACAUUUAAAAAACAUACUUCCACGUUUGAGGAAUUUCAUUCAUAAACUUGAGUCUGGCCCCUUUAUGACAAAUAAAAACAAACAAGACAAAACCCCCAACUCACAUUAGAGGUUGGUUUUGUUUUGUGCCAAAAGGGUGAUGGUUCUUUGUAGAUUUGCACCAGCUAAGCAGAAUUGGGAGUCAGUUCUGAUUAUGCAUUCCUACAUUUAAUGUGUUCUUCAGUAAAGUAAUGAUGUUUUUUAACUUUAUGAACAAACAUUUCAUACAUAUACUGUAGAGCUGUUGUAACCUUCCUGAAAGGAGGAAUUAUAAUUCAGUAUAAAUGUUGUAGGGAUUUUACCUAUUUUUAUACAUAUUUCACUUUCUGGAUAAUUACAUUCCACAUACUGUAAGCUGAGUGAGCUUAGAUAGCUUUUCAGAAGAAGCUACUGUAUAUUUCAUAUAUUCUACCUAUCAGAUCUUAUUGUUAUACGAAUAAGAAAAAGUCAUUUUUUGACUUUUUGGCAGCAAAAUAUCAAUAUUUUAAAGGAAAAAAAAAAAAACAAAACACUUUGGCAAACCUAUUUACCUGAUGUUUAUGCUAAAGCUUUAGAUGAGCAUUGUCUUGCUUAUACAAAAUAAUGUUUGGUAUUUGUCCUACAGUCUUGUGUGUCCAGUCUUUCCAGGACAAAGCAAACAAAAUGUAAAAGAUCAAUUUGUUAACAGAAAAGUUCUGUUAUACACAGUGGGGCUUGUUUCCCACAGAAGCAGCAGCCAAACUGAUAUUUGGUAGAAGUCCUGGACCUUUAUUAAAAAAUUGAUCUUGUAAAACCUUACUCUGGGAGCAUUCAGCAAACACCGAAAGCUCUCUGGGUACUGGUUUUCCAUUUUUUAAUAGGACUUGUGCUCCUAUUCUACUUAGAUUAUAAAAAUUCUAUCUGUUAUUAAAAUGCUGUUUUGGAAAUUUCCUCUGUUGGUGAGGAUGAAAGGUCCCCCGCUUUAUCAACUGUAAGCCAACAUCCACUGAAAAUGGUGAGGAAAUAAUUCCCUAGUUUUAAUGCAAAUGGCAGUUCAAAUUUAGAUGCAUCAAUAUCAAUAAAAAAUUAAAAGAAAAUCAAACUACAGCCCAAUUCUUUCCUGGUGAAAAUUAAUAUAGCUUUAUUUUCUUCAGUGAAACCAACAGAAACAAGAAACAAAAUGUAGAUCUGUCCCCCUGUAGACACAUUUUCAGACAGUGUUUAUUUCUUUGGCUUUCCUUUUCAAAAAUAAUGGUAAUAAGUUUUCUUCUGCAGGUGUACUUCCCUUUGGGUCCUACUGAAGUGAGCCACUAUUUUUCUGUUCUACCUUAGUAGACAAACAGAGCAGUGAUUUGAAAGUGGCUUAGCUUUACAUGGGCCUGCUCAAAGCGAAAUCAAAGUCAAGACUCAACAGCACAAGAAGGCGUGAAAAGCUCAGCAUUUCUAUAAUCCAGACCAGAGAUUAGGAUCUUACUUAUGGAUUUAGUAAUCAAAACUUGAAGCACCUUUUGAAAAUGAGUAAAUACCAUUCUCCGUGUUUCCAAAUUAUCCUGUUAGAUCUUUCUGUGGAGGCAAUGACAGUGCUGUAUUUCUCCCUUUUGACCCAGCUUGGGAUGGGAACAGAUCAGUGUGGCACCACUAGCCUGUUGCUGAACAAAUUUCAGGCUUCCUUUCCACGAAGGCUGUCUGGAUGAGAAAGGACUAUCUUGAACCUAUGCAGACUUCAGCAUGUAGAGGAAACCUGAACUUAUUAUACAGUAUAUUUUCUUGAUGAAGAGAGUAGCUGCAUGGGCAUGGCAGGGGGGCUGGAACUAGAUGAUCUUUAAGGUCUCUUCCAACCCAAACCAUUCUGUGAAUAUUACUUAAAUGGAAAUUCCCUUGCUUUCUAGAGGAACUGAUGUGAAAGAUUUCUUCCAUAGUUAUUACAGCAUCUUUGUGAUUGGAGGAGUUUUUCGUCUAUCUACCUUGAUAAACAGCAUCUGCAGCUCUGCUAUCUGAAAAAAUGACUUGAUGAAAAGUGUUCAAGCUUGAGGUUUCAGAAUUUCCAUCCAAACUACAGAUCCAAGAAGUUUCUGCAUCAGAUGACAAAUUUUUAGCCUAUAUCCAUUAGUUUUUGUAUACACAGGAUGUAGCAUGCAUUUUUUCUAGUGAACACCAGUGAGACCUGGAAGAAUUAUAAAUGGAACAAAGUUGUAGUUUGACCAUGGGAACUGGAACACUACUUCCUAGAUAAUAAAGCUGUGGUUUUGAUGUCAUUAACUAAUUCCCUAGAGUGAUUUUUAAUUUAAUUUUAUUUUUUCUAACAGCUAUCAAUACAAUGAAAUUUCAUUCUUACUUUACUGGCACAUCCUUAUUGUUCAGUAGUUGUUGAUGUCAGAUUACUAAUCUCUCUGGCCAAACUCUUGUUUCUCUUCUCACCACCCACAGUCGUCUGUGAAGACAACAAACACAGAGGUUCAUACCAAAAGCAUACUUAUUGCUCAAUAUCCCUUCUCUCACAGUUGCCAAUAGGAAAUGUUAAUCCUGUUAAUCCUGUGAGUGAUCUUGGUAGAUCCCUGGAAACAUUUUAAUGAAAAGUUGAGGUUAAAAGGUAAUUCAACUAGUAAAUUGGAGAAGCAAUCCAAAAGUCUGUAGCACCAUCCUCAUCCUCUCAAGUAACUGUUUAUUCUGUAAGGGAAUAUGAGAUCACUGAAAAAAACUGAAAAUUGGUAUCACCAUGGAGACAAAGACAAUGUUUGCCAAUAAAUCAGCUGGCUCCCCAGAUUAGAGUAGAUUUAUUGUAUGAAAGUAUAUAGUCUCUGCCUUUUGUAAGCUUGUGUAAAGGUAGCACAUCCAAAACUUCAGCACUGAUGCCAUGUAUUGUGUUAUUUGCUCCUGUGUUAUGACAAGUGAAGUUAAUGGAAAAGUGUAGACUCUCUAGAGGCAUUUUUCUAUCUCAGUGUGAGAAAAGUGUGAAAGAUUCUCAGCACUGUUUAACUUAGUGGUUGUAUCUACUUCCUGUAAUAUUAGGUUACAAAUUUAUUUUGUUGGACACCUUUAUGAAGUAAAAUGAAGUUCAUUAGCAAGGCUGAUGCUGUGAAGUCAGUUAGAUCAUAGUCAAAUUAAAUGUUUCUCCAACACUACUUUUUUAGUGGUAGAGAAAACUUUCUUAUUUGUCUGGCACUGCCUUUAUAAAUAAAAGGGCUUUCAGAGUUUUUACCUUGGGAUGAUGAGGUCGAGAGCACAGAGGUGCUGAAAUGGAUGUAGAAAUCACAUACUGUAGUUGGAAUUUCCUUAUGAUAUUUUCUUUCAUAUAAAAUAGAUUUUUUUUCCUCUGAUUAAGAAGUUACAUACCUAUGUUUUUUUGCUUAGCUGCAAGUAGCAACACCUGCUGGCUCGAGGUUUUGUAAGAACCAAAACCACCCUCUCUGAAGAUUAAGGGAAGAGAUCUACUGAAAAGUGCCUGUAUGGGGAGGAGGUUGACAAGGACCCUAGCUGGGGUCAUCGGUUCCUGUGCCACAGACUUGUUCUGUUCACCUUCCCUCUGCUCCAGGCUCAGACUGCAGACCAGGGACUGACCACAGAGGCAGACUCAGUGGCCAACUUCUAGUGCAAAAGUUGUGAGGCCGAAGUAAACAAAGGCAGCAGUUACCCUCUCGGAGAACUUUUUAGAGAUUUCGUGUCAGAUUUCUCAAUCUUCUUUAAGCUCCCCUUCACACAGCCUUUUCUGUGAUGCACUGCAUAGAGGUCAGGAAGUCAGAGUAAGAGGAAAGCAGUGAUGGAAAGGGUAGAGGGGUGGAUUAAAUUUUGUUCAGUAUUACUCGUAAUAUCAGCUGUACAAAGGCAAAAGCCACGGCAUGGGAGAAUUGCUGGUAAGCUAGGAUUCUAAAAGUGUGGUUGUCUUGCAGAAUCCCACAGGAUUUUGCUGUUUUAAUUCCAAAGAGCCCAUAGUCAUUAACUGUGGUUGUGGGUUUGGCUUUAUUGCUCAUUCCCAUAUACAGUUUCAGAUGCGAAUUUGUUCGGAAGGCUGUUCUGGAGCCUGGAAACAAGCCUCUGCAAACAGAAAACCAAACUUUUGAAACUUUAGAAAUAUUCUGUGAGAAUUGCCUCUUCAGAAGAAGAAAUCCUUUCAGUUGAGUUACAAACAAGCCUUGCUGCAGUUCAUGUGUGUAUGUGCCUCUUCACGGUGCUGUCUCCUGGGCUCAUGGUGGUCCCUGGCGUGCUCAGCAGAGGCAUCAGGUUUACACCUUCUCUCUUUUUUCCACUAACAUUCCUUUUAUUCCUUUUUUUUUUUUUUUUUUUUUUUCCCUGUAUAAAGCAAACAGUGCAGAACCAUGAUGUGUUGCAUACAUUUAAAUGUGUGCACUGCCCUGAGACUUAUAUUGUGCUAAUUGAUUUCACGUUACCUACUUCUUGCUGUGACCAGAUUCUUCUCCCUGCAGACUUUAAAAUGAAGGGAAAAACAAAACAAAAUACCACCACAAAACUGCUGUGUUGAAUUGAAAAUUAGCAUGAAACCUGUGUCAGUUGUUGGGAUGAGUGUAACAGGUUUCAUGUUCUUCAGCCUCCACAAGCUGUCAAACGUGCUUACCUCAUGCAGUCUGUCCUGCCAACAUCUAAUCCAACUGCAGCAUCACAAAUUUCUUGCAUUUUCUGGGUUCUCUUCCAGCUGGAAGCUACUACCUAACCUCUGCUGAGUGCUGAGAGCUCACUGAGGAGAGUAAUUACCUGUCUCAAAACUUAUGACUGUUUUUGGAUUCUGGUAGUCUUUUGCAAAAUUAUUCAUUUUUAAUAUUGGAAACAGCAACAUGCUUAAAUUAGCAACAAAAACUGAAACAAAAGAAAGCUUGUCAAACCCAGAAACAGUUGGUUCCCUUCCUUCAAGAACUGGGUUUAAGGAUGCCAGUGACAGGCUUGCAGGAGCUGAUGCAGACUGUGCAGGAGACUCGAGAGGCAGGAGCUGAUCUGCUGCUGCUCUUAUUCAUACUUCCAUCACCUUGCAUGUUCUUUUCUGCUCUGUUCUUCAGAAGACCUCCACUCUCCUUUGUUUUGCAGCCUGUAUGUAGCAUAGAUAGUAAUUCUUAUUAUUGUUCUCAUUAGCAUCUGUUGACAUGGCUGUUUAUAUCUAAAGAAUAAGUGGGAUUAAAGGGCUGAUCUUAGUCGUCUUUGCAGCAGACAGAACUGCUACAGUGACAGAGCAGGCACACACGUCUGUAGAGAGGGGGAGAACCACAGUGCAAGUUUUCACUAGGGGAUUUGGGUGAAGUCAGUGCAGUAACAGUCUGCUGCAUGUCUGUCUUUGACUUUUGUAAACACUAAGUUUAUCCAUGCAGCUAGAAGUUAUUCCCCAACAAUGUUAUUAAUUUGCAGUGUAUGAGCAACUUUACAACAAAAAUCUAUAAACUGUUUAACCUCGUAUGUAUGUCUGUUCUUUUGUGACUUGGCUAUUAAUCAUGCAAGCAAAACAGUGAAGCUGAGGAACGUAGCAAUUCAGUCAUAGGCCACAAAUCAUUCACCUUUGCACAGGCUUACAUUUUCCUGUGGUUUAGGAAGAUUAACCUCCAACUGUCUGUGGUCCAGGUUAGUAUCCCAGCAUGAGUGCUUCCCUAGGGGCUGAGGUUCAUAUUAGAGAGGCCGAUUUUGUAAAUGGUGCAAAGUGGCAGCUGUGUUGGCAGCCUUAGAAAAAAGAUCAGUGCAGGCAGAGGUUAAACUGUCCAUCCGCUCCUGGGAUUUUAGUUGCCAAAGACAAAGUGAGGCAGAAUGUGUUUCAUCUGGGGACAAAGAGAGAAGACACUGGGUGUCAGAGAAAGAAGUGUCAUACCUGUUUUAUGGUUAGAAGAGAGGGAGCGGAGUGGAGCACUGGGAUUCAGCAAGGCUUGCUUCUGCUGUCAGCUCCUUAACCCACUUCUGCUUUACCAUUCCAAAAAUCAAGUUUCAUAUGAAGACUGGGGGACAGGUAAACACUUCAGGUACUUGCCCCCCCCUCUUCUAGUCACAGCGUGAGGCUGCCUGAAUCCCUGAGUGUGCUUGUUUUUCACUGACCACAGAGAGCUGACUUAGACUAGAUCUACUUUUUAAGACGCCCAAGAGAAGUGAGAUUGAUCCCGCUGAAUUAAUCUCUCUCAAGCCCAAAUGCUGUGUCUCAAACCUUUUGGUCUGUGCUGCUUUUCAGAGUUCCGCAUUGUAAGUGGCAGAGGGAUAUAUAAGUAUAUUCCUGGAUAAAUAGAGGUUUGAUACGGUAGUCAUGGUGACUAUCAAGAACAGGGGCUAUUACAGUCCUGGAAAUCUCUUCCUUCCAAUGCCUGAACCAUUUACAUAUGAUACGAGUGCUGCCAGUUGCAACUUCUGGAUGCCAUUGUGAAUGUUAUUUAGAAAAGCUCUUGGGCUUUGAGCUCCUUGCCAAAUUAUGCAAAACAUCUGUGCCAUCUUUACGUGAAAUAUAUUCCAGAAUGCCUAUAUAAGCCUUUUUAGUUAUCCUGUUGUAAAGAUGAUGAUAAUGUACAUAAAUUCUAAAGGACAGAGGGAUAGUUGCUAGGUUAUCAUUAAUCUACAUUUUUCUUGCUUUUGUGAAUUUGUAGGCCCAAAAUUAACUUUCUAUCAGCAGAAGGUCAUGUAUUGAGCUACCUGUUUUCUUGACAGUAGUCUUAUUCCCUAGCAAUACUUUCUCAUGACUACUCUUCAAGCAAUAAAUUAAGCCAUGCUAAUCUGUUCUGUGUAGGUUCCUGUACAACACCUGUUGCUUUAAAAAAGCAGCUUUUAGCAGAACAUGCGAUGACAUACUAACAACCUGUCGUGUAUUGUUUGUCCUUUCAUCCUCUUCCCCAUGGGAGAAGAGUAUGUAGUGGAAUAAUUUCAUUUUGUGAGGUGUUGUCUCUUUGCUAGUUUUCUAAAAAUAUUUGUUCCUACUUAAGCAAGGGCAAAAUCAGACUUAGAAAACACUUUCAGUUGUAAACAGAAUACCUUAAAGACUGCAUACUGAGUAAGACUGGUCUUCUAUCCUACAAAAAAAAAAAUAAAAAUAAAUAAAAUAAAACAGUACCAUAUGUAAGAAAAGCCCAAGAAUGAUAAAUAUCAGCACUAAAACCAGAAUAUCCAUAAGCAAUGGAUAAGUUCUGCUUGACACAGCGGUAAAAUGAUGUUAAGACUGAAUAAGAUCUAAAGAAGAAGAAUUCUGCUUAAUUUAUUUUAGUAUUUUUUAUUAUCAGCAUACCUCUAAGGUAUUAUUUUUUCCUUCCCUAAUGAAGCUGGAACACACUGUUGCAUCAAUAUCAGAGUUUCUGAGAUUAUUGCAGAGGCACAUGCUUAGAAAUUAAUAACUAUUAAGGAGAGCUUUUUUAAAAGUGAGAUCAUAUGGGAAAGAGAAAAGAGGUACAGACAUAUAUUCGUUGUAAAGGUUUAUGUUGCAUUUCUGAUUGAUUAAAACCAUUCUGAAACUGUAUAAUUAAAGCACAGCUGCCUGGUUUAGGUUUUUUCCAUUUGUAAUACAAAGGUAAGAUUUUCAAAGUCUCAGGGGAUUUAUUCCUCAAUCCCAUUUUCUUUGUUUAAACACAACCUCUUUCUGAACCUAACUUUGCUCAAUAUCCCAAGGUUCUGAAUGCCUAAAUAAGUUUAGGAAAUGUGGAUUAUAAAUCUGUAUCAUUUAUGUUCCUUUGAAAAACUGUUCAUAAUGAUGUAUGGAAGCAAAUUCUUAAUAUCUAAACAUCUGCAAAAGUGCAUUUUCCUAGUGCUAACCUGUGCUGGAUGAUGAAAUCUGGAGUUCUUGCUAAUCUAUGCAGUAUUCUACAUAUUUUACACCUUUCUGCAAGGUGAUGCUCUAAGAUGUGUUGCUGUGAGCAUAUAAAUGCUCUGGUCUUCGGUGGGAAUGAGGCUUUUUACCCACCUUUAUAAUAUUCUGAUGAACCCUAAGGGAGAGAGCUCUGCCCUGGCAGCUCCAUUCAGUUUAGCUCAUCUACUGAGGUAGUUUGGAGUAAGCUGAGUCUGAGAUUUACUUUCCCAUUACAUCUCAAAAAAAAAAAAAAAAAAAAAAAAGUGUCAAGUGCUUGCUAGUGUUUAAGUGUGUAAGCAUUCCUCUCCAGAAACUUCUCACAGGUCCUGAGAGUGUGUGGGUAAGAAACCAACAUGGAGAAAGCAUCUGAGGAAAGUGAAGGGAAGUAUUUGUGUAGGAGAGAGCUGCGGUGUGCUGCUGAUUCUCAGCUUUUGUGUGUUUGGAAGUUGCAUGACCCAGACCAUAUUCUGGGUAUGUGGCAAAAUGCAAGAAUGUGUUAUACAUAAUGUCAUGAACUAUCAUGGCAUUAGGAUGAGUUUGAGAGUUGAUUAUCCUUAGAGUUUUAGUGAAGUUGCAUGAGAAAUGUGUUAAUUUGGGAAGAAAGAAAGUUGCUUUAUAUUUAAAUUAGAGUUCAGUCUCUAGAUGCAGAGAAAAGUUGUGGGGAAAAAGGAGUCUAAAAAUUCUAAAUGCAAAAAUUAAUGAUGAAUGCCCCUCUUUUUUAUAUCAUUUGACUUUUCUAAAGGUAGCACUCAGAAUUCCUCUAUAAGUUUAGAUGGUGAAUGCAAAACCUGUCAGUGGGUGUAAAAUAUUACAAGUAAAGUACUUUGCCAAGUGGUAUAAAUUUGGAGAUGAUAGUAGGAAUGCCUUUAAAAUGUGUGUAGGGGUAUGGUUAUUAUAUGUGAGCGCUUAAAAAAAGGAAGCUUUUAUGCUUUGCUAGUAAAUAUUGUUUAGAAAUGUCUAAACCGCAAGUUUAGAAGUGUUGUAUCAAAACAAAAAGAUGUAAAACCUAUGACAUAAUCUAGAGUUCACACUCUUUCUUCAGAAACAAUCCUGUAUAUGGAGUUUUCAAAAGCAUUUGCAGCCAAAAGUCAUUUAUAGCAAAUUUCAAAAAGAACAGUACUUCACCAAGUACCUUCUGUAAAAAUGCCUUACACGUUAGGUAAGGCCAAGAUUAAAGAUUUAACUCAGCUUGUUUAGGGUGUACUAAGAGAGAUACACCAUCCCAGUGCCAGGCUUUAAACACACCCCUAACAUAUCAGCAUCAUGCCUUUUACUGAAGCCUAAACAAAGCCCAGUGCAGCCACAAUUCCCAUCCCAAGACCUGGCAUUUAUAUAGCCUCAUGCAACAAUUAGUGGUUCUCUAAGUUGUAGCCAUUAACACCUUUGAUACUGAAAUAUUGCUUAUUAUCCUUGUACCUCACUCUGCCCACGUUAUACUGUGACCCAAUAGGCUUUAGAGCAUGAAGAAUUUUGGGAACUGCUGUGAGACUGAGUGAAAUUCUUCCAACCUAAAUUUAGGUAUUUAAAACUUAUGUCUGGCCUGAGCUAGUCCAGCAGCCUCCCUCUACAGUCAGUGUGGACAUCCUGGCAGCUUGGAGGGUGACAGUCCCCAGAUAAAAUGUUUGCAGUGGGAUAAGCCACUGCCUUUCAUGUGCUCUCCUCCUGAGACACACCAGUGAUUGCAGCAUGGAGGUGGAGGAUUAGUGGGGGACUAGUUUGGACUAGGAGGACUAGUAGGGGACUAGUUCAGACUAGCUGCCCCACUGCAGGUGAGAUGCAAUCCCCUGCUGAUAAGAACGGGAGGAUGUGAAAGGAUAGAAAAGCAGAUAUACACGUGGAGAGAAACAUGCCAGGGACAAGGGCCAGGCUGCAGACAGAAGUACAAAGGGUCUUGGGCUGAGUGCUGAAGCAGAGAUGAGUGGGAAAGAUCAGAGCUGCUGUGCUGCCGUACAAGUCCCAUACUUCUCUUUUCUGUUUGCUAUCACCAUGCUGAUCCAUAGACAUCUGUGGUGAUUUCCAUUGCAGUCUUGGUUUGGGAGGCCGUGGGAAAGUUCUUCUUGGGAAGAAGCAGGCCUUUGCACUGUGAACUGUCACUCUCUCCAGAGAAAAGGAAUUACAAAUAGUAUUGUCCUCAAGAGCUGAGAAAACUUGCAGAUUUUUCAUGUACAGUAAACAGUUUCUAUAAUUACCAGGAAAACAAAACAGAGGCAAAGCUGUGCAGCAGGGGCAUCCCGUCUCAUACAUGCUGCUGCGAUAAUGAAAUCCAAACCCCACAGAACUGCAGGCACAUUAUUCUCACUUACUUUAAAGGUCAGCUAAGAAGCUAAUUUCUCAAAUGGGCUCAUAGCUCUGAGACAACGUAACACUAGUCAUUUCUUCCAACAAAUUGCAGUUGUCAGAGAAACUGGAUUAGUAGCUCACAGGGCUAAAAAUAGACAGAAUGUGCUUGCCAGAGAGGCAUGAAUUCAGUAACAGAGGUGAAGGUAAAAUCAAAAUGUCAUAACGUGGAGAAAAAGCAACAACAAAAUGCUCAACACAAAGCAAGUUAGCCAUAAUAAUCUCAAAAUAAUCUGAGUUGCCAAUGGGAAGAAUUGACAGGGUUUAGUAUUAUUUCUGUUUUAUUCACCUCCCUGAUCCAGCUCGCAGUGGCUGCUUUAUCAGCUCAAUCAGUUUGGCCACAGUGUUUUCAAAGUCAAGUACCUCACAUUAGGCAGUGAAAGUCAUUAUGUUAAAGGCAUUUUUUGAAUACUGAGAAAGAAGAUUCAUUGACGUAACAUUUUUAUCUUCCAAGGGGAGAGAGGGAGAGGGGGGAUAAGGGGUUAGUUUAUCACUAAACUUAUUCCACUGAAAAAUAAAAAUUAAACUCCCAAAUCCCAAAUCUAAUAAGACAGCUACAAUGAAAGCAACUUUUCAAAGCUCAGCCUAUCUUUACUAAAAAGUGGAUAAUUAUUUUUCAUUACAUCAAACAUUUGUAUUUUAAAUAAAACUCUGUUAUGCUAUGAGUUUGCAAAUUAGUAUUACUACCUGCUUGGAUUAAAAAAGUGGAGGGGAGGAAAGGAAAGAGGGAGGGAGGAAGGGAAGGAAGGGAAGGAAGGAAGGAAGGAAGGAAGGAAGGAAGGAAGGAAGGAAGGAAGGAAGGAAGGAAGGAAGGAAGGAAGGAAGGAAGGAAGGAAGGAAUUAUUUAUUCUUAAUCCUUCAAUUAUUUAAUUUCAGUAGGAGAGAAAUUCCACUGUACUGCGUGUGACUCUAAAAGAGCUGCAUCCACUGCAGAAAGAGAGCCUUAGCCCGUAUAGUUAAGGUGAAAAGUUUUGUGAGGUACAGGCUGGAUCUCAGCUGAAGACAGCUGGCAGUAGCUGCAUGCAGUCUGUACUAUGACUUAAGCAAUUCUUUUUACGUUUAUAUUCAGAAGCAGAUCUACUUAUAGUUCAGGAAUAAUUUUCACCACUUUCUUUAGAACUUUUUUUUUUUUUUUUUUUUUUUUUUUUUUCUCUGUAGUAUAUGUGUUUUCUGCACACCAAUUCUAUAAAAUCUCUGAAUUUCAGAUCUCAGUAUAGGGUAUAAAUAACUAAUGUCAGUGAAUGAAAUCACUGUGAAAAAUACUUAAAGCAUUUAUGCUCAGUGUCUUUUAGAAAUAAGCAAACACAGUUCUUUUGUAAAUUCUGUGCUUGCAGAAGUCUUUGGUCAUCAUUUCAAAAAGGGCCAAGAUUAAUUUUGAUUUUAAGAUUUAGUUAGCAUCAAUGCCAUUUGCCUGAAAUUCACUGUGUUCCAGAAUUACUGCAGUGUGAGGGAUUGAUUGUGAAAUAGAAACGUCAGGACAAGCAGCACUAGCAGUUAUCUACAUUGCACGUCCUACACAUUUUGCACACAUUUCAUGGCAUUCUUUAUAUUAUAGAACAGAAUAUGACAAAAUAGACAGAGAAAUAGCUAGUAAUAAAAACGAUACACAAUAUGUGGACACUGCAGUGUCUGAUAGCUAUCUUGAGAUAGUAGAUGGUUUUAUCUCCUACUUUUGGGAUUGCUCUGAACUGUCAUGCAUCCUUGGCAUCCAUCCUUGCUUCAGUGGGAGAUAUGGUCAUCACCAGCCCUAAAGCUGAUAAAAUUCAGGUGUAUUCAGAGAUUAAUAACACGGACAGGAUGUUUUCAGCCAGCCAAGAGAACUGAUGAUAUUUUAUUUUAUUUUAUUUUAUUUUAUUUUAUUUUAUUUUAUUUUAUUUUAUUUUAUUAUUUUAUUUUAUUUUAUUUUAUUUUAUUUUAUUUUAUUUUAUUUUAUUUUAUUUUAUUAUUUUAUUUUAUUUAUUUUCCUUCUGAGUUCUACGGGUUCUACUAAUGGGCUCUACUUCUGAGGCUGACAUUCAUCUAUUCUUGAUUUGAUUUUAACCUUUCUCAGGUUACUAUGAUUCUGCAGUUCCUCUUUGCAGGGUUCCACAGAGUGUUUAAGAGACCUUGUACAUCUGGUUGUGUGAUACACUGGUGCAACACACAGAUCCUAAACUGUAUUAUACCACUGGUGUCCUGGAGCAGAGGACACCCAAUGUCUGGAGUACAGCCAGUCACAAAUGAUCUCCUUAUUCUCUUUGCUACUUUGCUCACCCCCUACAGGCAACUUUAGAGAAGUAACUGAAUGCUACUGAUAAUCUUGUGGUUUAUAAUUCUUUCUGUGGGAUAAAUUCAUGACUGUGAGACUUUUUCAAAAUACACCAGUAUUAUAGGCAUGAACUUCACAGCCUGAGCCCAUCAAGUCAUAGGUCAGACUUCUCCCAAAGCCUCUGAGAACAAAUUGAGCUCUGCAUGCAGUAUCUCUCCUGGAAGAACUGAUAACAAUUUGACAGUUGUCUGCCCCAGUGAUCCUGACUCCCCCAUCUAAUGGAAAGACUGUGAAUUUUAUGAAACCAUGAAUGGAAAACCUCAUGCUUCUGCUAUUUGUUUAAAUCUUUCACUUUCUUCCAGCAGCCUGAUACAAUUCUGCAAUUGGAGAUUUAAAUGGCAAUUCAUUCAGGCUCAUCUUAGUUUACCCUGCAGGUAAUUCUAGAACAAUUAAUCUCUGAUGCCUUAGAACUGUAUCGUAUGGCUUUUCCCUUUGAUUUCAGAGUUCCCAAAGUAAAACCUGAAGGUAAUUUUCUGAGAUGCUCACAAACAUCUCCAAUAAAAGGACCAGACAUGUAGAGGUAAGGUGUAGUUAUGAGUAAGAAACCUGGAUUCUUGUAGGAAGGGGGAUGUUCACCUGAGUCCACAGUGCUCAGUUUUAGGAGUAGGAAUUUUUAAGAUUAGGAGUUAUCAGCUCCAUCCUGGUGGUCUGUUGUUUACUCUGAGUUGAGCAAAGGGAAGGAGGAGUUCAGUUUUACCCUUCGCUUUCUGAAUGCUGAGAAUUACUUCUUGUCUUGUUUCUAACUUCUCUGUUUUGCAAGCUGGAUAAAAAUAUUUGUUGUCCUAAAAUGUGAAGACUGACUAGAUCGAAGUCUGCUCUCCUGUGUAAUGGGCCAAUCUUCCCUGGGUGCAAAUGAUUUCUGUGUAAUUUGAUAAUUUUAUUUUAGUGUGGCCUAUAAAGUUACUCUGAGGAAACUUGUACUGCAAAUCUACAAGCAUUCUGCACUAAAUAAUGAGAUUACAACCUUGCACUGUCAAGAAAGGAUACUUACCAUAAAAAUAACAUUGGAUUUCACUAAAUAAUACUAGCACUCUGUCAGGGUUUGGAGCACUGUGAUGUCUGUGAACUUAAGCAGUUUGUAUAGAAUUUCUUAUAGAGAUAAGGAUAACCCAAUUAACAGAAGUAUUUCCAUUUCAGUAAUACACAGAGGAAGUAGGGUGGUGGAUCUGGAUGUUUCUGCCAAUGUAAUGGUUAAGAGAUCAAUUUUUGUACUACAUAAAUCUGGAUAUUAUUUUAAAACUGCACCCUGCAAUCUGCUAUGAAAGGAUGUGGCAGGUUAGACUUCUACUGUGAGCUCACACAGACAACAGAAAACUCAGCAAAUCCAAGAUCUUCCCAUGCUGAAACCAUCAAAGUAACAGCAAAAUCCUGUCUGGUUACUUUUCCUAGUUUUCAGCAAAGGAAUCCACCUGCCAAAAGAAGCAGAAUCCACACAAACCAUCUCAUGCUGCAUUUCACUUUCCUUAUUGUGAUUCAUUUGGCAGUCUUAGUGGUCUGGAAUUUACAGUAAGUACCUCUGGUUGAAAAUUAGCAUUUCAGUUAUGAUUGCUUCCCCCAAACAACUGACUUUAUUACUAACCAAAGACUUAUCUACUUGAAAACAAAACAGUAAAGUUUGGUUUUGCCAUUUUUGUCUUUGACUGGGAACAGUUGAAGUGCAUAAUGUAGGUACUAACCAAACCUGUGUUGUGUCAUUGAGUAAGAACUAUUCAAGGCUGCAGCACUGGUGUAACACAGCAGAAUUCAGUAUUAAUCCCUCCGUGGGAACAUAAGUCUAUGUAAUAAAUUGAUGUGCCAUAUGUGUAGGACAUGGGAAAAUUGUGUAUUCAGUGAAUUACAUACGGUCUUAAAAGCUUUAACAUUUGUACUGCUCUUCCUAUAACGGAAUGUAUAUCUUAGUAGCUGUGACCCUUCAGGCUUCUGAAAAAUAUGUAAUAUAAAGUUUAUUCUUCUUGUUUUAAAACUGCCAUUUUGUGAGUUAUUGUUUACAUGGGCCUCCACAGAGCAAGGGGUCUUUCUCCAUGUGUUGCUUGAAAACAGGAUGCUAUCUGUAAAUCUUGCAGGCUAGAGAGAUCAGUGAAUGUGUCCUGAAUCUCUUCCUGAUGAGUUGCUGCCUUUUUUUUUUCUUUUUUUUUCUUUUUUUUUUUUUUCCUAAAGCAAACAGUGCCAAAAGCCUCGGCCUUCUUCAGAAGAAACUAAUCAUUUGUUAAAUGGCCUUCUUCUAUUCAACUUUUGUUGAUACUUGAUUUUCUCUUUCUGCUUCCUCUCACCUAGGUAAUAUGAACAUUUCCGAGUGUAAGCAACUGAGGGCAGUUUGCCUUCUUUACUCUUCCUUUAUCCAGAGCCACUAAAGGCCUCAAACAAGAAGAAGAAACUUUACAAACUCAUGCAGACAUGUUAUUAACAGAGAGUAGAAGGCUAAAAUAGCCUUUUAAGAGCACUCCAAAUUAUCUUUUAGUGACAUGCCUGCACUGUGUUGUGACUUCACAUCUUGCUUUCAUAAUGUGACCUGCUAUAAUGUUGUUUGUUACAAUAAGGUCCUUUUAGGUUGUCCUAAAAAAAUUUACUGUUUGUCACCAUAUUAGAAACAUAAGGUACACUCUAUAAGAAAAGCAAUAUACAAUAUACUAUAUACAUCUUCUAUUUCAAUGCCUCUAGUUUUAGACUAGUAUUCGUAUAAAUGUUUAUAAACAAAAUACAGGUUUUAUUGUUCUUCACAGGACCAAGCAAAGAAGUUUUGCCUUGUCUUAAUACUAACAGUUGUCUAAACACUAACAACAUUUCUAUUCACUAACAAUAUUUCUAUUUCUUUUCUCAUGCUUCUAGUUAACUUGUGGUGGGCUCCAUCCUACUCUGAAUCCCCAUAAAUGCAUUUAAAAGAGAAAAGUAAUGAACUAUUUUAGUGCAUGACCUUUGCACAGUACCUGAUUCAUAAAUAAAUCUAAAAUCUCAUUUAUGAGUUAUUAGUGACAAGCAAAACAACAAAAGUCCCCCUGAAGUUCAGCUGAGUGUGUUCUGAAGAUCCUUGCAUUACUUACUCAGUUUCUCAAAAUUUCUUGAGUCAUUAUAGCAGACAAAUUUUCUGAAGCUUUUGCCAUGGAUACUGGCGCCAGCCUUCAUGAAAAAUUAUUCACAUUUCUGCUUCCCAUUUUAUCUGGAAGUCUAAUGUAAUGGAGAAAUUAUCUGGAUUAAAAAACAAAUAAAUCACAUGAGUUUCCUUCAGGACAAUUUUUGCUUUAUUUGACCUAGUCUUCUGGUAGGUAGCUCACACUAAUUACUUUUUGCCAUAUUAGUAAUAUAGUAUUCAGUUUUAAAAAAAAUGUUUUUCCAGAGAAACUACACUAAAGAACAUUUUGUUCCUGUUUGUGACCAGGAUAACUCUAUUUUAUAUAUCAGAGAAAAGUCAUUGAAGUGAUGAUCAAAUAAAACAAUAAAUAAAUCCAGAAAUUUCAAACACACACAAACACAAUAGGGAAGUUAUUAAGUUCUCCUUUUUUUUUUUUUUUUUUUUUUAAAAAAAAAAAAAAACCUUUGCUGAAUCACAUAGCAACCCCCCAUGAAAUAUUUAUUUCUUCUCUCAUUUUCUCACAUUUGAAACCAAUAGAGCUUCAAGAAACAACCUCCACUCUCCACACACACAGAAACCCCAAACUUACCUGGUUGCAUUAUUCAAUCAUUUAGUAGAUGCAAUUCACCUGCCAGGUACAUCCAAAUUGAUUUUUAAAAUGUAGCUUAUUCUAUGGAAGUCAUUGACAGUGCUUAGUUUUCUAAGCACUGCAAUAACAUGAUCUGAAAAGUAACAUUUCAGUUACACUGCCAGGUGCUCAAGAUACUAUCCAGACUGCAUUUAUUAUUAUUCUCCCAUCAUUUAAAAAGACAAAUAGUUAGUAUAAGUAUAUGUUUCUGCAUUACAGGUGGAGAGUGUGUCUGGUAGUUGCAAACUUGCCUCCCCAUGCUACCAAAUGAAUGAGCAGCUGCUUUAUUACUUUUGUGAUACCUUUUUUUUUUUUUUUUUUUUUUUUUUUGUCUGUUUGUCUGUCUGUUUGAAUUUUUUUACAUUUCUUCAACCAUAUCAAUAUCUCUGACUGGGCUGCCAAAUAUCUGGAAAUCCUGGAUAAAUGCCACACUAUAAAUGUGCAGAAAAAUUCUGUAUCCCAGAUGAGAAGAGUUUUGUAUGGGUAAGCUGGAUUUCCUGCUAGUAGCAGACCAACUUUGCAAAUGCACUGAACUCAUCUCACGUGCUGGAGUUCCUGUGUAUAGGCACAACACACGUUGACACAUUGCUCACCUAGUGCAGACACAUGACCAUGCAUUUCAGUUGGCAAAACCUGGGGCAAAAACAAAGAAGUUGCAUCAUUUGGAAUUUCAAACAUUGGCAGCAGUACAUGAUUUCUACCAUGUACUUUCUGCUGUUUUGUGAAAACUGCCUGGAACAAUAAGAUAAGGAGAAAAAAAAAGGGUGAUUGUGACAUAGAGCUCAUUUAUCAAAAUUUAUGUUCUCUUAAACCUCAUUUGCUAUCUCCACGUGUGGAACUAACACCAUAAAGAUGCAGUAGUCAACUCUAAUCAUCCAUCUCAUAGAAGUUAUAUCUAUGAGGUAAAUAUUUACUGAGUAGCUAUAAUACUGCCAUGGGGCAGGAGGUGACUGUCCUUUUUAAUAAACAUUGUUCAAGGAUUCAUUGUUGAAAUGAUCAAUACCCAAACACCCUGUUGGGAUUCAUCAAGCAACAUUCUCCAGCAACAUUUUUUUGGUAGGAAUUCUGAAUGUUAUUGUGCAUCAACAGUGAUUUGUGGUGGUCCCAAACCUCUGCUAAUAAAUCAGAUUAUUACAGCACAGUCAAAACCAUCCUACAUACUGCCAUGCCAGAAACCUGGUGUUCUGAACAAUUGCAGACUUCCACCACCUUGCUUGCAAAGAAAAACCUUGUGGCUCAUAUUAUAGUCAAUAGGAGUCUUUGGGCUAAAAGUCUGCAAAAAGGUUUGAAACCAUAUCCCACACUCCUUGCUGUACAAAACAUCAGUGGUAUGAUUCUGCAGAUGUUACAUUUGCUGGGUAAUGCUUAGUCUGCAAACAGAACCAUAGCCUGGCACAUUGAUGUGUUAAGCAUUCCACGUAGGAGCAAGACUGCUCCUUCCCCUGACCUGCACCUGGAUUUAAAGCUUAGUUGCACGGACCAUUUAGGCUGCAGUCCUGCAUGUGCUCAAGUGAGCAGGUAACAUAAAGGAUGCUGAGGGCCUCACAGCCUGCUUUGGCCAGGCCUUCUGGAAAUGUUGUGAGCAAGGGUGGUGGGACUGUGGUCAUACCUCAUCGGGUGGUUGUGGAUGGGAGUCACACACCCAGUACCUAAUGCAGCAUUUCAGACAUCUAAGGACUUAUUUUUCCAUACAUUCUACACACAUUCGUACACAUUUUAUGAAUCAGGUCUGUGAUCAAUGUUUUGACCAAUUUGUUUGCUGCGGUUUCAUGGGGUUACUAUCUCUUUGGUUUGCAAUGUAAAUAAUAUUGUACAACUGCUAUUUUAUGAUACAAAUGCCAUGUGAAUUGCUUAUUUUUAAAACGUUAAAGCUCUGUUAUGGUUUAUUUACAAUGCCAUCUUACAGUAUUGGUUUAAUAUACAAAGUAUCUGUAUGGCAUGAUUAAAUUGCUUAUGUUUUACAAUGUCAAAUACUUUAUUUUUGUUUUCUAAAAUUACUACAUUUCAUCCUAUGCAGUUUCAUAAAUGUUUCAUAAGUGGCUCAUUAUGUCUGGAAAUAUUGCUUCCAUUCCAGUAGUGCAGGCAUAAGAACAAGUAUUCCUGAUCAUCUAGCAAUUUUGGAUUAGAAAUAUAUGUACAAAUAUGUAAGCAUUUAUAGGUAAUCUGAACAUCUACUGUAUCUUCCUUGCUUUUCAUGCAAAGAUGCAUUUUAAUCAUUUUGUAUACGUUUUAUUUGUAAUUAUUUGUGUGUCACGCACAGUGUAAAUAACAUGUUUCAUUAUGCAAGAUUUCUAGGUAUUCAAGAUUACAAAAAAGGUGAAUUUGUAUAUGAAAAGAACUUGACUGUAGAUUGGAAUGACAUAAAAUAAAGUGGUGAUGAUUAUGUUCUAUUUAUACUGUUCAAUUCCAAAUUGUCUGUUAAAGAAAAAACAUUUCAUUUGCUCUUUAAUGUCCACCCAGUUAUUUGCAGCAUAUUUACAUCAAUAAAUCAUGCAAAAGUCUAUUAAAA